CGUAAUGGCUGCAGUCGAGGUGGCACUUUCAGGACACUCUGGACUCCCCUCCCGCUGAAUUCACCGCUCUCACCGCCCGUGGGUGAACCGGAGUCCACCGUGAAGCCGCGAAUCCCCCCGGUACCCGGCCUCCCUCCGGUGUGAUGCCGCUUCGCUCGCCGGUUCGGACGGAUUCCUUCAGGCGGACGCUCAGCUGCUGUUAGCCGGGUGUUGUUGCUCGCUAACUGGGAGUCUGUCAGCCUGGAAACCGGAUUUAAAAAAGUGGAUUCUAAACUUAAUGACAUCUCUAAAGUUCCCCGGUCCGCAGCUGAGCUCGAUGCCCGCUCUGACUCCCCCCUCCCGGGAGUGAAAGCUCACUUAUCCUGCCUGUCCUCCCCGGCUUUGUUUUUGUUUGUUUGUGUUUUUUGAUCGCCUGUGAAGAUGUCAUCGUGGCUGGGAGGACUCGGCUCCGGCCUCGGGCAGUCUCUGGGGCAGGUCGGAGGGAGCCUGUCAUCGUUCACCGGGCAGAUCUCUACUUUUACCAAAGACAUGCUGCUGGAAGGGGUGGAGGAGGUGGGAGACGCUGCCACAGAGCUGCAAGUCUCCAAUUCCAAGUUGGCCGAAGUGGAGACGGCGUUUGCCACCCAGAAAUUUGAGUACGACAGAUUGAAGAGGCUUCACGCCGAGCUGGAAGAGAAGCUGGAGGCUUCGGAGAUCCAGAUUAAACAGCAGUCUGCAGAAUACAGAACUCUGCUGCAGCAGAAAGAUGUGGAGAUCAGUCACCUGAAAGCCCGGCAGAGCGGCCUCCAGGAGGAAGUCCAGAAGCUGCAGCGGUCGGCCCAGUCGGCCUCCUCCGGCCCGGCGCUGCUGCCCGUCACCACCUCCUCCUCCUCCUCCACCACCGCCACCUCCUCCUCCGCCUCCUUCCUCUCUCGGCCCUCCGGGUCGCUCCAGGGUUUCCACGGCGACGAGGCCGACUUCAGCGACGUGAUCUGGUCGCAGCAGGAGAUCAACAGGCUGUCCACGGAGCUGCUGCGUCUGGAGGCCGAGGCGGCGCACUGGAGGCGGAUGUCUCAGGCAGCGACGUCUGGAGGGAGCAGCGGAGACCAGGGCGAGAUUCUGAAGCUUCAGCAGACCAUCAAGGAGCUUCGGGACGAGAUGAGCCGCGAGGAGGACGUGCACCAGCACGAGCUGGCAGCCCUGCAGGACGCCCACAGGCACAAGAUGUCCGACGUGACCCGGCGGCACCGGGAGGAGCUGGCCGAGUACGAGGAGCGGAUCGAGGAGCUGGAGGAGCAGAUUCACAGCGGUGGCGGAGCCGAGGCAGACUCCUCCAGACUGUCUGAACUCCAGAAAAGCCUCCAGUCCCUGCAGGAAGCGGCGGAGCAGAGGGAGAAGCAGCUCUCCGAGCUGUCCGGCGGUCUGGAGGCGGCGCAGGAGAAGCAGGCGUCGCUGCAGGCGGAGCGGGACGAGGCGCAGGAGGAGAACGCCGGGCUGCUGCAGAACUACACCCGGCUGCAGGCGUCGGUGGCCGAGCUGCAGACCCGAGUGCAGGAGCAGGAGGGGAAGGCUCUGCAGAAAGCCCAGCUGGACCACGAGAUCCAGACGCUGAGAAGUAACCUGACAGCUGCGGAGAAAGAAAUCGAGCGACUGCAGAACUUGACUGAGGCGGAACCAAAGGAAGAGGUGGAGCACGCAGACAUCUUGGAGCUGAACACCAUCAUCGGGACACUUCGACAGGAGAAGGAGGCCCUGGAACAAGACAAGGUUAACCUGCAGGAAAGGCUGACUGCAGCAGAAGAGAAAGUUGUUGACGAUGGAGCCGGUGACGCGGAGCCUGUGGAGGAUCUGAAGGUUGAGCUGGAGAGGAGAGAAAAAGCCCUGCGAGCCACGGAGGAGGAACGGGACACGCUCAUGUCUGAACUGGAAGAACUGGACCGGCAGAACCAGGAAGCAACACAGCAUAUGAUAUCGGUGAAGGAGCAGCUCUCCAGGCAGCUGAAGGAGGCCGAAGCAGAGCUGGCGAGAGCGACGGCGGAGCUCAGCGCCACCAGAGAGCAGAGGAGUUCGCUGGAGCGCGAGCUGGAGAGCCAGAAGGAGAAGAUGAGCCAGAGCGCCUUCAGCCUCAACGACCUGCACAUGAGCAAGCGGGAGCUGGAGCGCACCGCGAAGGAGAUGAAGGACAAGCUGAGCCACGCGCAAGAGCAGAGCCGCGACGCACGGAGAGAAGCGGCGGAGCUGAGGAAGGACCUGCAGGAGAGAGAGGAGCAGCUGGCCGCCGCCCGAGCACAGCUGGACCGGGGAUCGGGCGGAGGAGACGGAGAGGCCAAAGAAGAGCUGGCAAGGAAGGACAAGGAGGCGGCAGAAAUGAGGAGAGAACUGGGUGACAUGAGGAACUCUCAUGAGCUGGUGGCUUCAGAGAACUACGAUCUGAAGAUGGAGAACAGGAGGCUGAAGGAGGACGGCGAGCAAACUCUUGGUGAAGUUGAAGAACUGAGCAGGCAGCUGAAGGAAAGCCAGGCGGGCCUGAACAGGGUCGUGAGGGAGAAGGACACUCGCAUCGAAGCUCUGAGGCUGGAGAAGAACCAGCUGGAGGGCGAAGUGGCGCAGGCUGAGAGGAAGCUGAGCGAGCAGGUGAGGCAGUACCAGCAGACCAUCGAGGAGCUGACCCGAGCCCGGUCCAUGGACGCCUCCGCCCUGCAGACCGAGCACGAGCGCGCCAUCAAGCUCAUCCAGGAGAAAGACAUGGAGAUGGCCCAGCUGAGGAGAGACCUGGAGCAGCAGGCGUCGGACCACAGGGACACCAACGAGAUGCUCUCCAUCACGGUGGCAGGGCAGAAGCAGCUGACGGACUUGCUGCAGGAAAAAGACGUCUUUGUGGAAACCUUGAAACAAAAUGCUGCCGACCUACAGAAGGAGUUGGAGAACAGCAUGUCCGUCAUGAGCAAGGAGGCGGAGUCUCUGAAGCAGGUGCUCGAGGAGAAGGAUAAGCAGUUAGGAGGCAUGAAGGAGGAGAACAGCCAUCUGAAGGAGGAGAUCGAUCGACUCCGGGACCAGCAGAGCAGACCGCAGCAUCUGGCCGAGCCCCGGACGCUGGACAUCAUCACUGAGCUGGAGACGGAGAUCACACAGCUCAAGUCGUCCAACAACGGCCUGGACGAAGAGAUCCAGAGUCUGAGGAGAACCGUGGAGGAGCAGCAGGCGUCCCUCCUCCUGUCCCAGCAGUCCCUGCAGGCUCAGCAGGGCGAGCUGGAGCAGGCGCACGCCCGGAACCAGCAGACCGCACUCAACUACGACCGGCUCAUCCACGCCAGGGACGAAGAGAUCGGUCGCCUCCAGCAGGCGCUGGACGGGCUCAGGGAGAGCCGGGACCCAGCCAACCCUCCUCCGGUCCAGGGGGACGUCAUCCUGCAGGAGAACAAGACGCAGUCCCUCAAUCAGGAGAACGGGAACGAGAAGCACGACCUCUCCAAGGUGGAGAUCGAGAAACUGGUGAAGGGCAUCAAGGAGAAGGAGACGGAGAUCAGCCAGCUGAACGAGAGGAACCUGUCGCUGGCCAAGCAGCUGGACCAGCUGGUGGUCUCUCGGGACGAGGUGGGAAAACUGUCCCAGAUGAUCCUGCAGAAGGACCUGGAGAUUCAGGCUCUUCACGCCAGGGUGUCCAUGGGCGGAGGACACAACCAGGACGUCCUGUUCCUGCAGCAGCAGCUGCAGGCGUACGCCGUGGAGAGGGAGCAGGUGCUGGCCGUGCUCAACGAGAAGACCCGGGAGAACAGCCAGCUCCGCUCCGACUACCACCGGCUCAUGGACAUCAUGGCAGGGAAGGAGGCGGCCCUGCUGAAGCUGCAGCAGGAGAACCAGCGCCUGUCCAACAUGAGCGACCCCUCAGGAAGCCAAGAAAUGUUCAAGGAGACAAUCCAGAACCUUUCGCGGAUCAUCAGGGAGAAGGACAUCGAGAUCGACGCCCUGACCCAGAAGUGCCAGACCCUGGUGACGGUGCUGCAGGCCUCGGGCGGGGAGCCCGGCGCCGGCUCCGGGGGCGUCAGCAGCAACCAGUUCGAGGAGCUGCUGCAGGAGCGGGACACUCUGAAGCAGCAGGUGAAGAAGAUGGAGGAGUGGAAGCAGCAGGUGAUCACAACGGUGAAGAACAUGCAGCACGAGUCUGCGCAGCUGCAGGAGGAGCUGGUCAAGCUGCAGAGCCAGGUCUCCGCCGACAGCGACUGCAGCUCCAAGCUGUCGGUGGACUACACCCGGCUGAUCCAGAGCUACGAGCAGAAGGAGAGGAGGCUGGGGAGUCUGAGCGUGGAGCUGGCUCAGGUCCAGCAGACCAUCACGCAGCUCAGCACCACCAAGGACGUCCUGUUGGGGAAACUGGACAACGUAGCCCCGGCUCCCGAUGUCCCCUCGCCCGCGGCCGAACCCACCGGCCGGCAAGCUUCCCCGCCCGUCGUCGGCGAGAAACUGCAGGAGGAACUCGAUCGACUGCGAGCGCAGUUGGCAGAGAAGGAGAACAUAAUCAGGACCCUGCAGGAGAACAACCACCGCCUCUCCAACUCGGCGUCUGCGUCGGAGAGCGAGCAGAAGAGCCAGGCCGAGGAGGCCCGGCACGUCCGAGAGCGGCUGGACGCCCUGCAGAGGUCCGUCCGGGAGAAGGACCUCCUCAUCAAAACCAAGGGAGACCAGCUCGCCCAGGUGAGCGACGCCCUGCGGAACCGCGAGAACGACAACGAGGUGCUGAAGCAGGCCGUGACCAACCUGAAGGAACGCGCCCUCAUCCUGGAAAUGGACGCCAAGACGCUGAAGGAGGAGAACGAGCUGGUGGCCGCACGCUCCCGGGAGAAGGAGUCGGAGUUCAGGGCGCUGCAGGAAACCAACAUGCAGGUUUCUCUCCUGCUGCGAGAGAAGGAGUUCGAGCUGAGCGCCAUGAGCGAGAAGGCCGCCACCGUGGAGAGGAUGCUCAAAGAUAAAGAGCAGGGUAAAAACGGCGAGCUGAAUCAGCUCCUGAACGAAAUGAAGUCCAUGCAGGAGAAAGCGGUGCUGUUCCAGCAGGAGAGGGAUCAGGUGAUGAUGGCGCUCAAACAGAAGCAAAUGGAGACGACGGCAGUGCAGACCGAGCUGCAGCACAUGAGAGAUAAAGAGUCUCGUCUCAACUUGGAGCUGGAAAGGUUACGUAACCACCUGCUGGAGAUCGAGGACUCGUACACCAGGGAGGCGCUGGCUGCAGAGGACCGGGAGACGGAGCUGAGGAGGAGGGUGGCGCAGCUGGACGAGAAGCUGGCCUCGUCCUCCAGCGCCGUGGAGAACGCCAGCCAACAGGCCAGCAUGCAGGUGGAGUCCCUGCAGGAGCAGCUGAGCGGGGCGGUGAAGCAGAGGGACGACGCUCGCGCUCAACUCCGAACCGCUCAGGAUCAGGUCAACCAGUACGCAGUGUCUCUGUCCAACCUGCAGAUGGUGCUCGAGCAGUUCCAGCAAGAGGAGAAAGCCAUGUACUCGGCUGAACUGGAGAAGCUCAGGAGGGAGAAAGACGAGUGGAGAAGGAAAGCUGUGACAGUGGAGGACCAGGCCUCAGCUCUGCAGUUGAACCUGGACGAAGCCACCGCCGCUCUGGAUUCCGCGUCUCGUCUCACCGAUCAGCUCGACCUGAAGGAGGAGCAAAUCGAAGAGCUGAAGAAACAAGUGGAUGUGAGGCAGGAGAUGUUGGAGGAGGCUCAGAAGAAACUGAUGAACCUUCUGAACAGCACGGAGGGAAAGAUAGACAAAGUGCUGAUGCGUAACCUGUUCUUGGGAUACUUCCACACGCCUAAAACCAAGCGUGCCGACGUGCUGAGGCUCAUGGGAAGCGUCUUGGGACUCAGCCGAGAAGAUGUUGAUAAGAUGUUGGAGGAGGACGGACGGCACGGCGUGACUGGAUGGGUGUCGAGCUGGCUGGGAAGCAGAGCGGCGCAGAGCGUCCCCAACACGCCGCAGAGACCCACCGCCGGCCAGGGACUCAACUCGUCCUUCUCAGAGAUGUUUGUGAAGUUCCUGGAGAUGGAGUCGACGCCCUCGCUGCCGGCGCCGAAGCUUCCGGUCCUCGACCUCAAGCCUCUGAGCGCGGUUCCUCCCAGGAGAAGCAGCGGCGGCGUGGCGAGCGGCGGCGCCGCAGGCGCCGCAGCGGCAGCCGGCAGGCGUCCCGGCGACUCCAACCCCUUCCUGGCGCCGCGCUCCGCCGCCGUGCCGCUGCUGGCCGGCUCCGGCUCCGGCGGCCCGGCCGGCCACCUGCUGAUGAAGCCCAUCUCGGACGCCCUGCCCACCUUCACGCCCGUGCCGGUGUCGGCCGAGGCCAGCGGCGGAGCCGUGCUCAAAGACCUGCUGAAGCAGUGAUCCGCCGGCGCCACACAGACGGCGGUUCUGCUGCUCGCCGCUGCUCCAGUUUUUUUUUUUUUUUUUUUCCCCCUUCCUCAAAAUAAUCAGAGACUUCAACGAACUCGAUAUUACCUUGAAAGUUACACUUUUAGAUUCAGUUUGACUUGCAAAUACUGUUCUAUGCAACAGACUCUCCCUUUACUCAUCAGUGUUUCCUGGUCAGCAUUAUUUUUACGUCUGGACCCACAAACUCAAAGAAACCAUCUAAAAGUAUGCAGGAUGAGAUCAUUUUCCAGUUGUGGCUAGUUUGGAGCGAGAGAGAGAGAGAGUGGGUUUUUUUUUCCUUUUUUUUUCCUUGUAGUAUCUGUCUUUUUGAUAAGAGUCAUUUAGAUUUUCGUCCGUCACGCCACUCCCGAACACAAGUGACCUUGCGGACUCGCCGUGUGCAGUGCGACACACGUGGGUCGAGUCCGACCGUCUCCUCCGCCUGCCCGGAGUUCACCUUCAGCUCUUCAUCCGUCUGAGCGGCUUUGAUUUUUCUUGUCUUUCUCCAACAAUAGAGCGAGCUGCUUCUGAUCCAGAACUAAAAAAACUCUCUGGCAACAACAGCCUGCAGGGAGAUUUAUGUGGUUCACUACAUCUGUUAAAACCAUAAAGACAUUCUGGUUUUUCAGUAAAAAUCGUGUCUUUUCCAGACGGCCAGACUGUGAUAUGCAAUAAGCGUUGUAAUUACAGCUGUACUGCUGACGGUGGUCGAUCAGAGGCUUGAAACCGCUCUUAUGUUUAAAUAUACUACUAUUAUAUAGUUAUAUAUAUAUAUAUAUAUAUGUAAAUGGGUGGCUUUUUCUCCCUAUUUAUAGGCACCAAGGAAGUAAAGUGCCUGCAUAUUUUUUUUUUUUUUUUUGCAAAUUAGAUAGUUGUGUAAUCAGGAUUGUAAAUGGUUAAUAUAAAUAUUUAUAUUUACAAAAUGUAAAAAGACUGCACAUGUGAGAGGUUUUACGUGGCCGCAGCAGGCCGGCGUGCAACACGGCAGCGCUGCAUUUUUGUAUAGACUUCAAUCAGAUCCUGUAGAAGGAAUGUUUCAGGGUUUUUCCAGGUGUAUCGAUGAAAA